UAAGUAGGAAGACAAGGUGAGAUCCUAAAGUACCAAAACAGAUUCUAGCAAAAAGCAAUGGAGGAAACAAAUAAAAAUGUGCUUGGUGAUUGCUUUACUAGUGCUAUGGCACUCACUGAGUCAGGUGUCCCUCACGUGCCUACCCGUUACAUUCUUCCGCCUUCACAACGACCAGUUCUCAGUCCAAGCAUUGGCACUGGUAGCAUCAAUCUUCCUGUCAUUGAUCUCUCCUUCUUACAUGAUCCUCUGCUUCGACCCAGUGUCAUCCAUGAGAUUGAAAUGGCUUGCAAGGAGUUUGGUUUCUUUCAGGUUACAAACCAUGGAAUAUCAUCUUCAGUGGUGAAAGAUGCACUUGAUGCAGCUACAAGGUUCUUUGACUUACCAGCCGAUGAGAAGAUGCUUCUGGUUUCCGAUGAUGUUCAUACGCCAGUAAGAUAUGGCACCAGCAUAAACCAUUCAACAGACAGUGUUCAUUACUGGAGAGACUUCAUCAAGCAUUACUCCCAUCCUCUCUCAAAGUGGAUUGAUCUCUGGCCAUCCAACCCUCCAUGUUACAAGGAAAAAGUGGGGAAAUACUCAGAAGCAACGCAUGUGUUACAUAAGCAACUAAUGGAAGCUAUCUCAGAGAGUCUAGGCCUGGAGAAAAGUUACUUACAGGAAGAGAUCGAAGAAGGGUCACAAGUCAUGGCCGUGAACUGCUACCCAGCGUGUCCAGAACCCGAGAUAGCCUUGGGGAUGCCACCACACUCUGACUUUAGCUCACUGACCAUCUUACUCCAAAGCAGCCAGGGGCUUCAGAUAAAAGACAAAAACAACAACUGGGUCUGCGUGCCGUACAUAGAAGGAGCUCUGAUAGUGCAGCUUGGAGAUCAAGUAGAAGUGAUGAGCAAUGGCGUAUACAAGAGCGUGGUUCAUCGAGUAACAGUGAACAAAGAUGUCAACCGCCUCUCUUUCGCGAGCCUUCACAGCUUGCCAAUGAACAAGAAGAUAAGUCCAGCACCUCAGCUCGUGAAUGAAGAGAAACCAGCUGCUUACGGAGAUUUCAGCUUUAACGAUUUUCUUGAGUAUAUCUCAAGAAACGAUCUUACAAAGCAGAGAUUCAUUGAUACAGUCAAGAAGAACAAGUUCUGAAGAUGGUGUUGUGUUGGAUUACGUGGAACCUAAGUAAGUUGCCAAAAAUGUAUUAUUAAUUAGUAUAUGUAUUGUUAUGAAACCACUAGAAUUAUUACAGAAGAGAUUGUAUGCAAGUGAAAUGUACUUUGUCUAUAUGUUACAUAAUAAGCAUAAUUACUUGUCUAA